GCUGCCGGGGUGCUGAGGCUGAGCCGCUGCAGGAGGGGGGCACGCUCGGGGGGUGCAUGGCCGCCGCGUGGUCGCGCCUCUCCGCCGUGCCAGAGUCCGGCAGCGUCGCGGUCCAACUUUUCUGUACAUUUUCACGUCACCUGGACACCGAACAUAAAUUUGGCAUCCUAUGCAAAUAUAUGCUGACGUAAAAGAUCAUGUGGUUUUUGUCGUCGAUCCCCCCUAUGAGCAACGAGCAGGCUUUUUUUUCUCCUCUCUACUGUUGUCUUUAGGUUAGCUAUGCUACAAUCUUUACUGUACCCAGCGCUAGCUAUAUGCGCCCCGCACCGCUCCACUCUGGAUCUCUGGGAAUAAUCAACUUCCAGCCUGUCGCACCGUGCAGCCACAGACUCCACACAGACCCCGCGGGAGAUUACCCAGAGUGCUGCUGGCCUGAGCUUCCAGAAGAUAAAGAGGAAGAGGAGAGAGAGGAGAACGGACAGAGUUCGGAGGAGGAGGUGGAGCCUCAGGAAGAGCCCCUCCCCCUCCAGUGAAGCCCCUCCCUUUAGAGGAAGUGCACUUGAACGCCGCUGCUGUCUGUGAUGCCCUCCCAUGACGCCGAGGUCGGUAGCUGACACUGCCAGUGAGCGGGAGACGCCACUGCACAACCGGUCCUGGGCCAGCGCCGUCAGCCGGUUCUCGCCCUCCCUCUCACACACUGGAGACUCCACAUCCAACCGCCUACCACUUUCCACAACCACCUGCUCCGUUCCGCCCCAGUAAAGACCCCCCAACGCAGACACGCUGACGUCCUCGACCAGCACCAGCAGCAGCAGCAGCAGCCAAAAACAAUAUCGUCAACACAAUCAGCAACACCAGCACCACCAUCAUCACCAGCAGCAGCAGCAGCCGCAAUCAUGUCCAGUCGUAGAAAGUCCUCCACCCCCUGCAUGGUCCGGGUCAUCAGCGACCUGCCUGAUGAACAAGAUGACCCGGAGGAGGUGAUGGACAUGGAAAUAUUGGCAAGCAAAGAUGUGAGAGAAAAUGAACCACCUGAAUCUGCGAAAAAGAGUCAAAACCUCAUGAAGGAUAAUGGAGAUAAUCCAGACCGGAAGGCAUUUCCAAAACACUUAGACAAAGAGCAGCAGUCUGGAUGUGAAGAUCACCCCCCUGUCAUCGAAGAUGUAGAAGCCAGAGGGGGGAAGGACAAAGAAGCGCCAGAAUCAGACCCGGUGUCCCAGAAGAAGCAGGGAAGAGGUUACGAGUGCAAAUACUGCCCGUUUUCGACGCAGAACCUGAAUGACUUCAAAGAACACGUGGACUCGAGCCAUCCUAACGUCAUUCUAAAUCCACUGUACCUCUGUGCUGUCUGCAACUUCAACACCAAGAAGUUUGACUCGCUCACAGAGCACAACGAGAGCCGGCACCCAGGUGAGACGAACUUCAAGUUCAAGAGGAUAAAAAUGAACAAUCAGACUAUCUUAGAGCAGACAAUCGAAGGCAAGGACAAUUCAGCUGAAUGCGACGUGACAAAUGAAAAAGGUGAAAGCCACAGUAGCUCUGUGUUUUCACCUUGCAUAUCUACCACAGUGAAAUCUCCGGGUAGUGUGCACACGCUCUUUGGAGGGAGCGAACUGAAAAGCCAGCUGGACGGUUUGAUCCAGAAGGACCAAAUCACAGCAGUGAACAUCAACGGAACAGUCAUCAUCCCUGAACCCACCAUCGUCCAAGGGCUCUCCCAUGUCACCCCAAUGCUCCAGCGUCCACCCAACUUUAACUCUGUACCAAAAAUAGCCGUUCCCUUGAACACCACCAAAUAUAACCCUUCUUUAGACAACAACCUGACGCUGAUCGCCUCCUUUAAUAAAUUCCCAUACCCAACGCAUGCUGAGCUGUCAUGGCUUACAGCUGCCUCCAAGCACCCGGAGGAACAGAUCAAAGUCUGGUUCACUACCCAGCGGCUGAAGCAAGGUAUCACUUGGUCCCCAGAAGAGGUGGAGGAAGCCAGGAAGAAAAUGUUUAAUGGCUCCAUCCCUCCUGCUCAUCACACGUUCACCGUCUUGCCUACAAGCCCCAUCUCUCAGCCGUCUGCCAAAGCCUCACAGCAGCCCAUCGUCCACACGACAGUCGAGCAUCUCGGUCACGUCCGGACGACUGCGCCCAAUGGGCUAACUGUAGUCACCACAAACUCCCCGGCAGGCUCUAGCCACUCCCUUAAGCGACCCCUGCCGACACAGCUGUCAACAGUGUUUGAGUCCAAGCGACCCAUCAUGGCAGUGGCGCCCCACUCUGGUGACCCUAAAGACAAGGUCCUAAUGGCUCCUCCCCCACCACCUCCUCCCCCAAAAGGCCGCCUCCCAAUGGCUCCACCUCUUGUUCCCGUGGAGAUGAAAAGACCUGUAGCAGUUCCUCUGGUUACCACAGAGAUGAAGAGGUCAUCCGCUGCUGUGCCUUUAAUGCCACCGCCUCCAUCGUUGUCAUCAUCAUCUUUGUCUUCCAAAGGGAAGAUUCUCUCGGCGUCAGGAAAUCCCAAAACAAAGCCGGUGGUGUCUCUGCCCUCCAUAGUCUUUCCAGAGUCGUUAACAAGGCCAAUGAUUGCCCCCCCACCGAUCUCUGUCUCUCCGUUCAGAAACAGUUUACUUAUUCCCCGUACCGUGCCCGUCCCUUCCAAAGAAAAACACCCCAGUUCUCACAAUUUGCCAGCUUCUGAUUUAAAUUUGCCGAACUCCCCUCCGCUCAUUACUUCACAGGUAAGGAGGCCGACAAUUAUCCAGUCCAUCCGUGCUCCGGCUAAAGCUCCAUCCCAGAUUUCAGCGUUCUCCUUGGAUGGCAAGAAAUUAAAAGAGCAGCAAGGAGUGGAGCUGAAAGCCAGCUACCCCAGAGGAGACAAGGUAGUCAGUCCUCUGCCAGAGGCCAAUGGAACGUCUCGAAUGGACGGGAAAUGGCCCUUUGAUCAGACCUCUCCUGGUCACAAUAAUGGAAUCUUACAUUUGGACGGUGGGGACAUCCCAGCAGUACCAAAACCAGAUUUUCAACAUAAGUCCUCGGUGCUGACCCAGUUCCCCUUGCUGGAGAGGAUGAAAGGAAAAACGGCAAAACAACUGAAGAUCUUGGAGGAGAACUUCUUGCGGAACAGCUUUCCUACACACAGCGACGUGGAUAAUCUGUCGGCCAUAACCCGCCUGUCUCAUCAGGAAAUCGACAGCUGGUUUGCAGAGCGCCGCGCGCUUCGUGACAACCUGGAGCAAGCCCUUCUGAACUCCAUGGGCACUAAAAGGAUGGGCGGCAAUGGCAUUGGUGCCAUCACUGAGAAACAGCUACAUCAGCACCAAGCACUGCAACUGAAUGGGAUUCACAAACCAAGCACCGGUGUAGGCCUCCUUAAAAGCCCUCCACCAACUUCACACCCCCUGUCCAUGAUUGCUCCUGGCACCAUUGCACCUUCCGUCCCCAAUCUGAAUUCCUGCUCAGUGCCUCCAGACGGCCGAUCCCUGGCGCUCCUCAAGGACGAUUUUGCUCAAACGCGGUGGCCUUCCCCUGAGGAGUUCAGCCAGCUGGAGGGUCGGACAGGACUGGCUCCCGGAGAACUGGCCCGCUGGUUCACCGAUAGUCGGCUGCAGAGCGGCAGCAUGGACUUGGCAGAACUUUUUCACAACAAUGGCGUGAAUGGAGGACAGGGGCUGCCUAUGUGUUCCCCUGAAAACAUUCCACCCAGCAUCAUCCAGCGCUGUCAGGAAGGAGCCGUAACAAACAACAACAGUAAGGUGCUGGAGGUUGAGAUGGGCUGGCUGAUGGACCAGCGCACCAACAGCCUCAACAAUCAACAGCACGAUGAGCUCCAAGACCAGUUUGCUGGCAGACUGAGGCAGCAGAGCGUGGCGGAGCUGAAGAACGGGGGACAGAACGGGGGCGUCCUCGGAGGAGUGCGGGAGGUGUUCGGGACCUGGCUGGAGGACUCGAGGCGAGGGCGGGAGCUGCUCGUGGACAGAGAGAAGAAGAUGGCGGAGGACGCGUCUGGGAGGCUGACCGGAUAAACGGUGUGAAUAAGAUUCGCCUCCAUCGCCUCCGCCUCCGCCACCGCCGCUGCUGCUGGAAACAGAAGAGGAGAAAACAUGAAGAAUGGAGCAACAAAAGAAGAGUUUCUCGAUUAUCUAAUUUUUUUUUCCCUGUUCUUGUGUUUUCAGAUUUUUUUGGUUUUUGUUUUUAAUCUCUUGAUUGUCGCAUCCCGGCUCACGCACAACAUCCUCCUCCGUCACGCCGUCAGCGACCUGGAGCGACCGCGGUGUAGAUGUGAUGCUCGCACACAAAAGCACGAGUUUGAACACGACAGAGCCGCUGCUGCGCUUUGCUGUGGGCUGCACCCAAAUUGAAAUCUGAAGAGCGCGAGGAGAAAUUCAGGGUCACGAUCUGUGAAGAUAAUUGAAACCCCCCCACCCCACACCCCCACCUUUACAGUGGAUUUCAAACUGCUGCUUUCAGUUUUACAGUAGUAUUAUAACACAACACCGUCGCACAGGCGUCCUGCAGAGUGCCGUAAACAGAGUCGGACCCUUUAAAUGUGUUUUGUCUUCAGGGGGACAAAAUUCAAACAUUCCCUCAAAGAAGUGAAGUGGAUCACUUCCACUCCCCCCGAGAAUAAAUCCACAAACGAGCUGGAAAACAAAGCAAGUUUAAGUGAACCGCAACAACAAACAUGCCUGAAAAAAACAACUCGUGUCCCUUCAAACCAAACCUCAGUAGGAUUCGUUUAUUAAUUCCUCAGCGCACGCUUUGGGUGAAUUAAAGGAACAAUUAGUAUUUCGCUCGUGCAGCAUAUCAGGAUUUAUUCCAGUCGUUCUUCGUCCUUGUCACAGCCGUCCGCCUGCAUCAUUAUGCAACUCUUUAUUUUUCCACCUAAGUCGGAGGAAGUCACCAGAAUGUUUUAUUCAGAGUGUUUUCUCUUCUUUUAAAUGAUUGUUAAACGUAUUUAUUGAAUUGCCGAGCUGCAGCUGGAGCCGUUAACUGCCAGUUUUCAGCCUUUACGUUGGCUCAGCGCUGCAUUGUGAGACGAGCGAGUCCUUCAGCGCCACAGAAACUUUCUAUAUUUACUUCCUUUUGUUGUUUUUCCACUGGAGUGUGGAGUUGUCAGCAGCACCGUAUUAAAAGCUGCUUUGGUCGGCGUGACGGCGCACGAGGCUUUGUUCACGCGCAAGUGGACGAGUUUAUUCAUGUUUUCCAUUUUCCUCAGAUUGGUUGGUGCGUGAGAAACGAUUCGCCGGCUAAAGGAACGCUGCGUGACUCAGUCUGAGUGCCGAGGAAAUUUUUUUAUCCAAUGUUAGAAAUUAAAAGAAAACAUUUCUGUUAAUCGAGCUCCAACAUACAUGUUAAAUUUAUAACUGUUAGACUUCAGUGGAUCCUUCUCAUUUCACGUUUUCAUUAACAACACCUCUGAAAUAUGUUCCUGAGUUUAACCUUGAGGAACUUUUUUGUCCAAUCAAAUGGCCUGUUACUUCACUUCCUCACGGCUUUAGGGGAAUCACCUCUGUUACAAACUAUAAAGACUUUAGUUUUCAUUGUUGGACUCUACAGCUCCUCCCCUUUAAGGGAAAGUUCUCCUGAUUGGCUGCUCCUUAUAGCGGGAAAUUAGUAAGGUGGGCAGGAUUGUCUCCUUUCUAUGACAUCACACAGACCCAAGGGUAGAAAAAGCUGUUCAGUGUUAUUCAUAUAGCACCAACCGUCCCCUUGCAAAGUAAAGACCUACAAUACUACAGAGAACCCCAACAAUCAGACGACCCCUGUGAGCAGCACUCUGGCAACAGCGGGAAGGAAAAACUUCCUUUUAACAGGAAGAAACCUCCAGCAGAACCAGGCUCAGGGAGGGGCGGGGCCAUCUGUAGCGUCACAAACGCCGUAUUUUACAGAGUUAAAGGCGGGACUGACGGACGUGGCCGAGGCGGUGUUGUGUGUGACCCGUGUUGCCGUGGAGACGAACCGGAGCACUGAAUGUGUGCCUGCAGCAGCAGUACAGACCGACAGGGUGGAUUUAAAACAAACAAACAAACAAGAAAAAAAACGAACAAAAACGCCGAGUGCCAAAGCUGGGAUCUGCUGCAUUCUCACUACACAUAACAUAAGGGUUCUUCUUCGUGUCGUUGUAAAUAGGAUAUAUAUGUUUGUUUGUUUGUUUGUUUUUCCUGUAUUGCUACAGAUUUGUAAAAUUUUGCGGGAAAAAUUUUGUUACAUUUUGUAAAAUGGGAGCAACUCGUCCCCCCAAAAUCCUCCUGGUUUUCUUUUUCCUUUAAAAAAAAAAAACCUCUCUCGGCUUUUUUUUUUGGUUUAUUUUUGUUGGACUUUUAAAAAAAAAUCUAGUGCCAGCAGUGUGUGCGUGAACACUUUUCCUUUUUUUGUUCUUGGUGGGGUUUUUUGCUCUUUCCCAUCUCUCUCUCCUCGUUUUGUACUGAACCGGAGUGGAACCACUACAAAAAAAGGAAAAACAAGGAAAAGAAGAAAAAAAAAGACGGACCAGUUGGCAAUACUUCAGUCAUUUGUUCAUCUCACCGGCACUGGACUUCCGCCCGCCACUUCCCCGCUGAGAGGAGAGGAGAGGUGGGAGGGAGAGGAGGGAGGAAGAGGGGGGACUUCGCUUCACAUCAAAUCAGAUUUAAAAAACAAAACGGAGAAAAAAAAAGCACCUUUGGACAUUUUUCCUUUUUUUUACUGUGCUGAAGUGAAGUCAAGUGCUAUUAUUAUUAUAUUAUUAUAUUAUUAUUAUUGUAGCCACUGUCUGGAACCCUUUUUUUUGAAGAAAAGCAAAGGAAAAAAACAAAAAGAAACUUAAGCCAAUCUGCACUUCUCGUUCCGACGAACAUGCUUGUAUGACCAAGUGACUGUCGUGGAUCUUUGUUUUCAAACCCGAUAAGGAACAAACUGAGUAUAAAAACAAAAAAAACAGUCGAGAGACUUGAAACGGUGGCAAACGCAGAAGGAUUCAACGGUAACGAUCACGCAACUUACAAACUCGACAGUAAAAACCUGCAAUCAAGACUCACGCUGCCUGAAUCAUACUUUGAUCUUUCUCUCUGUUUCUAUCCCUCCUCCUUUUCGCCGUCUCGCUCGUCUCUCCUCGCUUUCUUUCAUUUUUCACCGUUUCCCUUCGUUUUUCUCUCCCUCUCUCUCUUUGUCGUCCUGCACACCAUCAUACACACCUGUAAUAAACAAAAACAGACAAAAAAAAGAUAAAUAGCCUUUUAUUCGAUACAUUACUACAUGUUGGCUUGGUAGGAUUAGUUGAAACUAGUUCCAUUCCUACAAAAAAGAAUAAUAGUAAAAAACAAAAUAUGAGCUUUUUUAUGUAUUGCUUCUGCCGCUGUAGUGUCCUGGUCAGAUUUAAAGAUGAUAAGACUACAUAUAUCUGAAAUACUGUAUUUACAAAUGCAUACCAGGGCUGGCCUCAACGACACGACGGCAGGGGGAGGUUUCCAACUCCGUCCGCGGGGCGGCCGGUCGAGCUGUCGGGGGUUUGGCGGUAGCUCCGACCGCUCGUCCGAGGUGGUUAAAAUGCUUCUUUGUUUGCUCGAAGUCUUCGCAGUUCUUUAAACUUGUAGCGUUCAGCAGCACUGAAGCUCUCGCCGCACAGCUGCAGGGCCUAACAGGAGUGCUGGCAGCGCGGCGGAGAGCGCCUCCUGGUGGACGCUCAGCCUUAGCACGCUUCCAAGAGAGUUUUAUUUUUGCAAGUGUAUAGUUUUAAUUGAAUAUUUUUCUGAUGAAUGAUUGAAUGUAAUUGCUUUGGGGAGGAAAGUGGGUUUACUGUCUGAAUGUUGAAAGAGGAGGGAACCGAGCACACUGGCACCAAAGCAAAGGCGGUCCUGCAGAAGUUAAACAUGAUCGUGUGGGAACUAAAUUUGCUCGAACGCUUCCGCUAUCCCAGACCGGUGCCUCGAGCAAACCUUUGGCCUCAGUGACGUUUGACACGCCACAAGUUCUACUGUAGUCUACUUUCAACUCUAUUAAGCUUUUUUAUUUUGUUGAUUAAAAUAUUUUUGGCCAACUUUUCCACAUAAAUUUGCACUUUUUACCUUCAAAGGGACGAAGAGCGAUCUUGUCCCGUUUUUAUGUGAAUGUGUAAGAUGCUAAAACCAAGGAUCAAAAUAGCUGUUAGCUAAAUCACGAACUUGUGCUAAUUACAAUUGUUAAUUUAAAAAUCUAAAUGUAGUUCACUACGAGUACCAAAGUACCGGGAUGGAGUCGCUUGUAAUGGAAAUCAGGACCACCAGUUGAUUUUUAGCCAAUAAGAGAAGGCUACAUCAGCGAUACUGGUGAUGUCAUUCUGGCUUGCUAAUAGCAGCAACUUUAAUUUUGCUGCAGCUAGCACAACAAUCAUGGUUCACUUUUGCAGUUUGAUUCAUAAAAAAUCCAGAUAAAAAAUUAAAGCACCUCUAAAAUAAGCCUUAAAAAGCCUUUGAAGCUAACUGACGGCUUGUAGGUUAGCGGUCUUAAAGAGGUUUGUCUCAAAUUUAUGCUAGUUUAUUUUUAGCGCACACUGACGAGUGGCGGUGUGCAGCACCCAGGUGGCUUGUAAAUGUACGUAAUCGACAAUCGCGAUUAAAUGUUGCAAUCGUCGUUUCCUGUGAGCGUAAACUUGGGGAAAACUGCCCCGGUCACAACGAGGGGACGAACAAACCACACAAAGCGGCGCGCAGUGCGACCGGUGUGCUCCGUCCUUCCUUCGUUUAAACUUGCUCCGUUGUAUCGUGGCGAGCGCCUGGUUUCCUCAAAAAAGCUUUUUAUGCAGCGACAGUCAAGUUUUGAAGAGCAGCGAGGUUCAGAUGUUGGCGGGGUGGGGGGACGACGUCGAGGCUGAACUCCUUUACCUUCCCUGAAGUUCGCUCUGAUGAUGGCUCUGUUGUUUUCUGUUUACCGGUUUCAAGCACAAAAGUUAAAGAGCAAUGCAGUCUUCUGGUUUUCUUUGAUAUAUUUCCACCUCUGAAAUAUUGAUAUUGCAUCAGAGUUGCAGAACUAGAUUUUCUGAACUAGACUCUGGACUUUGAGCACGUCAUUCCUGCUAUCAGAGCAAAUCUGCGCUCUGAUCCAGACUCUGUUGUCGAGCAAACUUCAAGGGUGUUUAUCCGUCCUCAGUCUCCAGCUGUCCUCAGUUUUGAAAUUCAAGUCGCUGUCACAUGUGAACCAAGAAUGAAAAAGUAGAAAAUAGGCUGUAGAGAGCUGAUAUCUUCUUCAUUUGACUGCUUUUUCAGCUCACUUCAGAAGCUCAGCGAAGGAAUUUUAAGACGUGAGACAAUCAAGACGUGACUUCUGCAAAAGUACUUUAGUUUCAGAGAAACCUUCCGCUGUUCGACAAGUUGAAUCAGAUCCAGUUUCUGGAAGUUUUGCGUAUGCAAAUCAUCAAACUCACUGCAUUCUUUCAAGCUGUGUUUUUAAAUCUUGGUUCACGUGUGAAAAGAAGUCAAAUGAAGGGAUAAGUGCUCCAACGCUCCUGCAAAAAAAUGCACAAAAAAAUUGUAAUCAACCGAGAAAAAAAGACUUUACAAAGCCAAGCAUCACUUUUGGGAAAACCAGGUGCUCUGAUUGUGUUUUUAAGGGGAGUUGAGGCCAGCCCUGCUUCAUAACUGAGGUUCUGCUUCUUCUACUACUGCUACUAUCUAACAACAACCCUGGGCACAAAAACAGGCCUGAACACUUUCAAAUCCUCCAGCACUCGAGGCGCGUUCGAUUUUUAACUUCACAUACCAGCAUCUUUGAACCCAAACUGAUUUGGAGCACCAGCUUGUUUUUGUUUCGUCCUCGACGCCACAAAGACGCUUCCCUUCCCGGCCCAAACGCGAACUCGUCCUGACUCAGCUGGGUUCGUGGGCUGGCGGCGUCUCUGGGGUCCGUCGGGUUAAAAGAAAAUAAGAGCCAUGAAUAUUUUUUUUUUUGCGUUGUUUGAAAAGCAUUCGAGCUCUGUUUCUGUCGCCCAGGCCAGCAAAACAACCUGUUGAUGUCUGCUGUAUUUCAAUAAAACACAGCCUUUUUCAAAGGGUA